AAGGGGACCUGUGGUUAGGCUGAACCAUGUACUGUGGAGCCGGUGCCUACGGUAAAGGCGGAAGAGGGACCACAACCGCGACAGCAUGCAUGCUCCUUCCUCCCCAUAGGUAUCCGCAGUCAACAGGUUGCUUUUCUCCCAUUCCAGGCUCUCUUAGGCGUCGAUCCUGCCCACGAGAACUAUGGUCGUAAACGGCCUUUCAUACCCCGAAAAUGGGCCCGCGAAAAUUGGACAUGUCCCUGGUCUGCACCGUGUGCGCUUACGCAGCCAGCCCGGCUCCCGUUUGCUCCAGUUUGAGAAACACCUCCAGUCACCCGACCUCCAAUAGCGCCCGCAAAGAUGCCAACAGUCCUCAUUACACCCUAUACACGCGGUGGUAUUCUGCAGCAGGUUCGAACGGAGCCCCAGGUUUCCCCGAACGACCUGGAGGUGCGCAUAUACAGACGCACCCCUUGUAUGCUGCCGGGCUGCCGAGGAUCAGAUGUCCCGACACCUCGGUGGCGUGCGUGUUCAUGUAACCCAACCUCGUCCGCCGGAACCAACUCGGCUCUGCGGCGUGCCUGACAAGCUGUUCGUAUUCCCUGGGGCCCUCGUUACCUUCUGCCUAAGGCUGCGGACGCUCGUGUGACACCGGUGGGAACUGCCAUUCAGUCAGUGGCGUAU